AUGUCGUCCGAGUACAAGCUUCUCUCCGAUCCCCCACCGGAUUACUCCAAGGCCACCGCCGAACAUGGCAAGCCCCCCACGACCGCCGCCCGGCCACCAGCUCCCGCCGGCGGACCAGGACCCGGCCCCCGCGGGCCGCUAGCCCUCAACCUCCCCAUCAUCUCUUACCUCAAGUCCAAGCGCGUAAUCCUAGCUUCCGCAUCCCCGCGGCGACGCCAGCUGCUCGCCCAGGUUGGCCUCACCAACCUCGAAAUCACUCCUUCGACGAAACCUGAGGACCUCGAUAAGACGGCUUACGGACCCUAUGAAUACGUCGCCGCGACGGCGCGGCAAAAGUGCCUCGACGUGUACGAGACGGCCCUGCAAACACACCUUGCGUCGAUCCCAGACCCAGAUGUCGUCAUCGCUGCCGACACCGUCAUCGUCACUCAAGACGGCCGCGUACUCGAGAAGCCGCGCAGCGAGGCGGAACAUAUCAAGAUGCUGCGUCACCUGCGUGACACAAGGCUGCAUCGCGUUCUGACGUCCGUCUGCGUGAUUGCCCCCCGGGAGGAUGCGCGGUCUCCGGGCUACGAGAUUGCGACCCAUACUGAGGAGACCAAGGUGUACUUUGCGCAGGAGGAGAACGGGCUCCCAGACGACGUUAUUGAAGCGUACGUAAAGACUAGAGAGGGAGCAGACAAAGCUGGCGGCUAUGCUAUUCAGGGAAUCGGAGGUUUGCUUCUUGUUGAAAAGAUUGAAGGCAACUUUGAUAAUGUGGUUGGUCUGCCUGUAAGACAGACAUUGGUGCUGGCGGAGAAGGCGGUAUUCAAGCAGGACGAGGAAGAGGUGGCCGAGGACGACGACGAAUGA